CAGCAGCGAGAAGUCUGCCCCAAAGCACCGCUUCACCAUGGCAUCUCUACGAGGCACGCAGCAGCCCGAACUCUCGAAGAAGCUCUACAAGAUCAUCAAGUCUGAGAAUCACGCAAUUGGUGCCUACGAGGCGGCCGCGCGCGAGCGCCAGGGAAUUGCCCAACAGCUUUCGGAAUGGGGAGAAGCGACUGGCGACGAGAGCAUCUCGGAGAUCUCAGACAAGUUGGGCGUGUUGCUCGCGGAGAUUGCUGAGCAGGAGGACAUUUAUGCACAAGGGCUGGAGGAAUACCGGGGCGUCCUUAAGCAGAUCCGCAACACCGAGAGCUCGGUUCAGCCCAGUCGCGACCACAAGGCCAAGAUCUCCGACGAGAUUGCCAAGCUGAAGUACAAGGAGCCCCAGAGCACCAAGAUUGUCCAACUCGAACAGGAGCUCGUACGCGCAGAGGCCCAGAGUCUCGUCGCUGAAGCACAACUCAGCAACAUCACCCGACAAAAGUUCAAGGAGGCUUACGACCAAAACUUCGCAGCCACCAUUGAGCGCGCCGAGAAGCAGAUCAUCCUCGCAAAGCAUGCCCGUCGGCUCUUGAACAUGGUGGACGAUACCCCGAUUGUGCCCGGCGACACGCAUCCUGCCUUUGCGGAGGUGGAGGCUGCUCGUCAAGUCCUCACUGAUGCCGAGAGCGAUCUUCAAAGCUACCGCCUGGAUGUGGAGCCCAUCACCUCUAAUGCUGGCCACCUUGGCGUAGGUGCCAUGCCGGGUGCCAUACCGGUUGAUGACAGUGUUGCUGCGGAGCCUUCCGUCGUUGAUCAGGCGCCUGGCAGCAGGACCGUCAGCGGCGAGCAGCGAUACACUGAAACUCCAUAUCCCGUCUCGGAUGCGGAGUUGCUGGAGAGGCAAGAGCCUGUCCACAAGGAGGUUCCAACAGCCGUCUAGGAAAGGCUAUUUACCAUCCGAUAGCUGUGAGGAGCGACCUGGUCGUGUCAGGAUAGCGGGAUCUUGAUGAUUACGUGUACUAAUGAUUUGAUACCUUGCUGUAAUGAUUAUUGUAAUGUUAGUUGAUUAUCGAAAAAGCUCUUGCUCGACCCC